UUGUCUGAUAUCAGCUUAAGGUGUAAGUGUAACGUCUCCUGGGAACAUGGGAAAGCAAUCUCCCGGGCAGGCCUGCAGCACCUGACUCCUGCUCAUCCCCUCGGUCUUCCUGUGGCAAAUGGUCCAGCGAAGGAGCCCAGAGCAACUCUGGACUGGAGUGAGAACGCUGUGAAUGGAGAGCACCUGUGGCUGGAGACCAACGUCUCGGGAGACCUGUGCUACCUGGGCGAGGAGAACUGCCAAGUCCGAUUUGCAAAAUCUGCCCUCAGGAGGAAGUGUGCAGUCUGUAAAAUCGUGGUCCACACCGCCUGCAUCGAACAGCUAGAAAAGAUUAAUUUCAGAUGUAAACCAACAUUUCGAGAAGGGGGCUCCAGAUCACCAAGAGAAAAUUUUGUGCGUCAUCACUGGGUGCACAGGCGUCGGCAGGAGGGAAAGUGUAAGCAGUGUGGUAAGGGCUUUCAGCAGAAAUUCUCCUUCCACAGUAAAGAGAUUGUGGCUAUCAGCUGUUCCUGGUGCAAGCAGGCGUUUCACAAUAAGGUGACCUGCUUUAUGCUGCAUCAAAUUGAGGAACCCUGCUCCCUGGGAGCUCAUGCUGCUGUUAUUGUCCCUCCCACCUGGAUCAUUAAGGUGAAGAAACCUCAGGUGCUGGGAUAUACAGCUGUGAACGAGGCAACUAACAUUUUUGGAAGUCCUUAUCAUGGGAUGGAUACCAGGCUAACUGCUUCACAUACUUUUUCUGAUUUAAACUUCACAACUCUGCUUGAGGUGAUCUCCAUACCAGGAGUUGAACUUGAACUUGGUUGGGCGGGAGACGGACCUGGUUGGGCGGGAGACUGGAGCCCCUCAGAGAAUUUGGGAUUCUUCCAUUUUUACUGGGAGGGUUGGCAGAACUCGCUGAAGGCUUCCAAUCGUAAGAAGAAGAGAACGAGCUUUAAAAGAAAAGCCAGUAAAAGGGGAACUGAACAGGAAAACAAAGGUCGUCCUUUUGUGAUAAAACCUAUCUCUUCUCCUCUCAUGAAACCCUUGCUUGUGUUUGUGAACCCCAAGAGUGGAGGCAACCAGGGAACCAAAGUCCUGCAGAUGUUCAUGUGGUACCUGAAUCCACGGCAAGUCUUUGAUCUUUCUCAGGAAGGGCCGAAAGAUGCGCUUGAGUUGUAUAGGAAAGUACCAAAUCUGCGAAUUCUGGCCUGUGGUGGGGAUGGAACGGUGGGCUGGAUCCUUUCUAUUCUGGAUGAACUGCAGCUGAGCCCUCAGCCUCCGGUUGGAGUCCUUCCUCUGGGGACUGGGAACGACCUGGCUCGGACCCUCAACUGGGGAGGGGGCUACACUGAUGAACCUGUUUCCAAAAUCCUCUGUCAAGUAGAAGAUGGGACAAUUGUACAGCUAGAUCGCUGGAACCUCCAUGUGGAAAGAAACCCAGACUUGCCUCCAGAAGAGCUUGAAGAUGGCGUGUGUAAGCUUCCUCUGAAUGUUUUCAAUAAUUACUUCAGCCUUGGAUUUGAUGCCCACGUCACACUGGAGUUCCAUGAAUCCCGAGAGGCAAAUCCAGAGAAAUUCAACAGUCGUUUUCGAAAUAAAAUGUUCUAUGCAGGGGCAGCAUUUUCUGAUUUCCUACAGAGAAGCUCUAGAGAUCUAUCCAAACACGUUAAAGUUGUUUGUGAUGGAACAGAUCUCACCCCAAAGAUUCAGGAACUGAAGUUCCAGUGUAUAGUAUUUUUAAAUAUACCCAGAUAUUGUGCUGGCACAAUGCCCUGGGGGAACCCAGGGGAUCACCAUGAUUUUGAACCUCAGCGUCAUGAUGAUGGCUAUAUUGAAGUUAUUGGAUUCACCAUGGCCUCUUUGGCUGCCCUGCAAGUCGGGGGCCACGGGGAAAGGCUGCACCAGUGCCGGGAGGUCAUGCUGCUGACUUACAAAUCCAUCCCCAUGCAAGUGGAUGGGGAGCCCUGCAGGCUGGCCCCCGCUAUGAUUCGGAUCUCCUUGAGGAAUCAGGCCAACAUGGUGCAGAAGAGCAAGAGGAGAACGUCCAUGCCUUUACUCAAUGAUCUCCAUCAGGUGCAAGCUGCGGACCUGCGGAGAGUGUCUGCACCCCCUGGCUCCUUCACCAUUCCCCAGUCUAUCCCAGACCGCCUGAGGAUCCGCGUGAACAAAAUCAGUUUGCAAGACUAUGAAGGGUUCCACUAUGACAAAGAGAAACUCCGGGAAGCUUCCAUUCCUCUGGGUAUUCUAGUUGUGCGUGGAGACUGUGACUUGGAGACUUGCCGUAUGUACAUAGAUCGCCUGCAGGAGGACCUGCAAUCAGUUUCUUCUGGCUCCCACAGAGUUCAUUACCAGGACCAAGAAACCUCCUUCCCCAGGGCACUCUCAGCUCAGAGACUCUCCCCACGGUGGUGCUUUCUAGAUGCAACUUCUGCUGAUCGCUUUUAUCGAAUAGACAGAUCUCAGGAACAUUUGCACUUUGUGAUGGAGAUUUCUCAAGAUGAGGUUUUUAUUCUGGACCCAGACAUGGCCUUGUCACAGCAGGCAGGGACACCGCCAGGAAUGCCUGACCUGGUGGUGGAGCAAGCCUCAGGGAUGUCAGACUGGUGGAAUCCUUCGCUACGGAGACGCAUGCUGAGCGACAGCGGUCUGGGAAUGAUAGCUCCGCGUUUCGAGGACUCCGAUAUGAAAGAUCUCAGCCACUCCCAUGCGCUACAGUCACCAGUCUCUUCAGAAGAUCACGCAAUUUUGCAGGCAGUAAUAACUGGUGAUCUUAUGAAGCUAAUAGAAAGCUAUAAAAAUGGAGGCAGUCUGCUAAUUCAGGGACCAGACCACUGUUCACUCCUUCACCAUGCAGCUAAAACCGGCAACGGGGAAAUUGUGAAAUAUAUCCUUGAUCACGGACCUUCCGAGUUAUUGGAUAUGGCAGACAGCGAAACGGGUGAGACUGCACUGCACAAGGCUGCCUGCCAGCGGAACCGGGCCGUGUGCCAGCUUCUGGUGGACGCAGGAGCAUCUCUGAGAAAGACGGACUCCAAGGGUAAGACACCUCAAGACAGAGCUCAGCAGGCUGGGGACCCUGAUUUGGCUGCUUACCUAGAAAGCCGUCAGAACUAUAAGAUCAUUGGCCAUGAGGACCUGGAAACUACUGUUUGACCCUGGUAGACGGGCAAAGAGAACCUGAGCGAGCAUAUCACCUGGGCCCUCCCGGCGAUCGGGCAGCUCCCCUGGAAGAAGCUGAUGGAAUCCAUAAAUCUGUCUCACUCCUGCAAGCAUCUGAGGCCAUGCCACCAGAUUUUAAGGGCUACCGAGAUGUACAACAGAAUGGAAUAGCCCACAGAGGACGAGGCAGGAUACCUGGAGAUUGGUGGAAAAUGAGUUCCACAAAAUUUGAUCUUUAUUGCUU